UCGAUGACACCUCAACACGACAUCAGCAAACAGGAGAGCACGAAAAAAAAGUCAAAUCUACCUACCAGUAGCAGACCUGCGGAGGCCAAGCAAGGCAACAGAGCAGCAAGAUUCAGAUUUCAGACCAGCAGGCUGAGAUCUGGUGAGAGGAAUCGGCGAGAAAUGGAGAAGCAGACCGGUCGAUCAAGAAACCAGUAGAGCAGGAGAGUGAGAGGGUUAGAUCGAGAAGCGAGCAAGAUGAUGUCGCCAAGAAUUCAGAUUCCGAUAAGCAUCGGCGGGAGCAGGACGAUGAUGUCGCCGAAGCAGCUGCUGACCACCAUCCUCGUCGUCUUCUCGACGCUCUCCUUCAUCAAGUUCCUCCUCAUCACCCACCCCUCCGCCGGCGCCUCCUCGUCCGCUCAUCUCCACCGCGCGGAGUGGGAGUCCGGCAACGGCACCGCCGCCAAGAGCGACGGCCUCGCCGCCAAAGAGUUCGCCUUGCUCCGCUCCAUCGUCGCCGCGCGCGCGCCGUGCAGGCUGCUGGUGUUCGGCCUCUCGCCGCAGCUCCUCGCUCUCGCCGCGGUCAACUCCGGGCCGGGCGCCGCCACCGCCUUCGUCACCGACAGCGCCGAGGACGCGGACGCCGCGCGACGCGUGCUCGCGGGCCGUGCCGGCGGCUCUUCGUCCGCCGUCCACCGGGCGACAUACCCCGACGCGGCCGGGGAGGCGUGGGCGCUGCUGCGGCGCGCGCGGGCGGCGGGCCCGGCGUGCGCGCGGCCGACGGGGACGGUGCGCAAGUCCGGGUGCCGGCUCGCGCUGACCUCGCUGCCGCGGGAGGUGCUCGACGCCAGGUGGGACGUGGUCGUCGUCGACGGGCCGAGCGGGGCCGGACCGGAGGAGCCCGGCCGGAUGGGCGCCAUCUACACGGCGGCCGCACUCGCCCGCGCGGCAGCGGCGGCUGGUGGCGGCAGGGUGGUGGACGUGGCGGUGCACGACAUGGAUCGGACCGUGGAGCGCUGGUACGCCAGGGAGUACCUCUGCGAGGAUAACCUCGUCGCCGCCAAAGGCCGCCUCUGGCACUUCCGUGUCGGCGCCGGCGGGCAACGGGACGCCUUCUGCUCCACCGCUCCCGUCAAGAUCUUGUAGGGACAGAAUCAAAGGUUGCCAUUUCUGGGCAUCACCGGAGGCACUGCCGUUGUAGGAGGUCAAUGUAUACAUACGGAAUUGAUAGUUCAACGCAACCUCUGCCCGGCAUCACCGGAGACAUGAGCAAUUCUCGGAAAUUCCUGGAACUCGAAGGUCGGUGCUGGGGCGUUAGGAAUUUAGGAUGAUGCAGGAUGAAGCUGAUACUUGGACGAUGGAAGAUAGUCUGUACACUGCUGCAGAGCAUCUUCUCAUGCUGACUGUUGGGAUCUUCUAGCAACAAGAUUUAAAACCGGCAACCAGAAUCAAGCACGGCGAACAACUGAUGAGUUGGAAAAAAUAUCAUUGGGAUUAGAAGGUCAGUGUUGUGCCAAAUGUAACUCUGUUUCCUUUUUUUGAUCUUGGAAAGCAUCUUAUACCACUCUAAUAAUAACUCACUUGUUGAGGGACAAGUUUAUUUUCUAA